AUGCCUUGUCCACCAAUUCCAAACCCUCCUCCACCACCACCACCAGCAGCAGCAACAUUGCCUUCCGGCAAUACGUUUAUUGCAUUUCCAACACCACCUCCAAUACCUCCGACUAUUCCUCCCCCAGUUCCUCCUCCUAGUCCUCCUCCUAUUCCUCCUCCCACUCCUCCACCUCCUCCUACAGGUAUUAUUCCAGGAACAAUACUAGGUACACCUCCUAUCAAAGGUAUACCUGGAAUAUUGCCAGGUCCUCCUAACAAAGGUAUUCCUGGAAGACCACCAUAUCCAAGUCCAGGUAUCCCAGUUAAAGGUACACCCGGAAUGCUGCUAGGUACUCCUCCUAUUGAAGGUACGCCCGGAAUGCUACCAGGUACUCCUCCUAUUGAAGGUACGCCCGGAAUGCUGCCAGGUACUCCUCCUAUUGAAGGUAUGCCCAGAAUGCUGCCAGGUACUCCUCCUAUUGAAGGCAGGCCCGAAAUGCUGCCAGGUACUCCUCCUAUUGAAGGUAUGCCCGGAAUGAUGUCAGGUCCUCCUAUUGAAGGUAUGCCCGGAAUAAUGCCAGGUACUCCUCCUGUUGAAGGUAUGCCUGGAAUGCUGCCAGGUACUUCUCCUGUUGAAGGUAUGCCCGGAAUGCUGCCAGGUACUCCUCCUGUUGAAGGUAUGCCUGGAAUGCUGCCAGGUACUUCUCCUGUUGAAGGUAUGCCCGGAAUGCUGCCAGGUACUCCUCCUGUUGAAGGUAUGCCCGGAAUGCUGCCAGGUACUCCUCCUGUUGAAGGUAUGCCCGGAAUGCUGCCAGGUACUCCUCCUGUUGAAGGUAUGCCCGGAAUGCUGCCAGGUACUCCUCCUGUUGAAGGUAUGCCUGGAAUGCUGCCAGGUACUUCUCCUGUUGAAGGUAUGCCCGGAAUGCUGCCAGGUACUCCUCCUGUUGAAGGUAUGCCUGGAAUGCUGCCAGGUACUUCUCCUGUUGAAGGUAUGCCCGGAAUGCUGCCAGGUACUCCUCCUGUUGAAGGUAUGCCCGGAAUGCUGCCAGGUACUCCUCCUGUUGAAGGUAUGCCCGGAAUGCUGCCAGGUACUCCUCCUGUUGAAGGUAUGCCCGGAAUGCUGCCAGGUACUCCUCCUGUUGAAGGUAUGCCCGGAAUGCUGCCAGGUACUCCUCCUGUUGAAGGUAUGCCCGGAAUGCUGCCAGGUACUCCUCCUGUUGAAGGUAUGCCCGGAAUGCUGCCAGGUACUCCUCCUGUUGAAGGUAUGCCCGGAAUGCUGCCAGGUACUCCUCCUGUUGAAGGUAUGCCCGGAAUGCUGCCAGGUACUCCUCCUGUUGAAGGUAUGCCCGGAAUGCUGCCAGGUACUCCUCCUGUUGAAGGUAUGCCCGGAAUGCUGCCAGGUACUCCUCCUGUUGAAGGUAUGCCCGGAAUGCUGCCAGGUACUCCUCCUGUUGAAGGUAUGCCCGGAAUGCUGCCAGGUACUCCUCCUAUUGAAGGUAUGCCCGGAAUGUUGCCAGGUAGUCCUCCUAUCGAAGGUAUGCCCGGAAUGUUGCCAGGUAGUCCUCCUAUCGAAGGUAUGCCCGGAAUGUUGCCAGGUAGUCCUCCUAUCGAAGGUAUGCCCGGAAUGUUGCCAGGUAGUCCUCCUAUCGAAGGUAUGCCCGGAAUGUUGCCAGGUACUCCUCCUAUUGAAGGUAUGCCCGGAAUGUUGCCAGGUAGUCCUCCUAUCGAAGGUAUGCCCGGAAUGUUGCCAGGUAGUCCUCCGAUUGAAGGUAUACCCAGAAUGUUGUCAGGUACUCCUCCUAUUGAAGGUAUACCCAUAAUGUUGUCAGGUACUCCUCCGAGUAAAGGUAUACCGGGAAGACCACCAUAUCCUAGUCCAAGUCCUCUAAUUAAUGGUACACCACCAUUCUUUUGA